GACUCUCUUGUCUAGAAUCUUUCCAAACUGACUACUCAAAAGCUCCUGGAUGUGAUCUGCUAGCUGUUAGAGAAGCUAUCAAACUCAAGUCUGUCCUUACAGAGAGCCCUAGUCCUUUUUCCUUGCCUUGAUUUCCAGCAAUGGUGACUCAACAAGUGCAUGCAAUUUCACAUCUAGCGGUCUGCAUUCUCAUGUCUGUUUCUUGCUGUACUAGGUGUCAGUUGAGUAGUUGACUAAGAAUGUUUUCUUUCAAUAUCUGAUGUUUGAGGACUUUUAUUGUUUUGAUAAUAUGGUGGUGGCAGUGAUUAAAUCACCAAAAUAAAAAUCUCAUCUGGGUGUUCUGGAUAAGCAAAUAGUUGAUCUAUGUGUUUGUUUCGGUGUGUUGGGGGGGGGGGAUGUGAUUAAGAAUUUGGUUUCAGACCAAGGGGAAUUAUUCAAGUCUUGGAAGCAGGAAGCCAUUUUAGAAAGGCCGAGUCAAUGCAAGUCAAGUAGAAUCUGAAUGUCAUGUCUUGGAAGCAGGAAAGGUGUUUUAGAGGUCCAGUCUAUGCAAGUCAAUGGAGAAAUAGAUAUCACUGUCAAAUCUUGGAAGCAGGAAGAUGCUUUAGAAAGGUUGAGUCUUGAGUCAAUGCUAGUCAAGGGGAAUUUACAUAUUGAUGUCAAGUCUCAAAAGCAGGGAGAUGUUAUAGAAAGGCUAAGUCAAUGCAAGUCAAGGAUCAUGUCAAGUCUUGGGAGCAAGAAGAUGUUUUAGAAAAGGUUGAGUCAAUGCAAGUCAAGGGGAAUAUACAUGUCAAUGUUGCACUCGAAUCAGAGAAGAGGGCACCAUUAAUCAAACAAGAAGCAAUUAAUUUCUUACUACUCUUGUGCGUUCAUAGGGGUUGUUCCUAUUGCAAUCUAGGCCAAGUAUCCGAGAUUCAGAAUGUACUGAUCUUAAGAGUAGUUUCGCCUCUCCAAUUGUACUCAACUAUAAAGGGGGGUCACUGACAUUCCUGCAGUUUUUUCUGGUAUUUGACAUUAUAUCUUUCUCAUACCUCUUCAAGAGCCAUCCAAGAAGGGAUUUAUGCAUCAUCAUCCAUCUGCUAUGGAAGCUGCAUUUCAAUCUGGUUUUGCAUCAGCUUUGCUUUCUAUUGCAUUUGAAGGAAUGGCGCAUAUCAUUCUUGUUGAGCUCAAGAAGAUUGCUAGUGCUGAUGAGGCGAUGAUUAAGCUCGAAGCAACUGUCACUGAAGCACAAGAAAUACUUAGUAAUUUGGACGCUUCCAUGUUGGAUAUCCAUGUUAACACCAAAAUUGUCCUACAAAAUUUGGUUGACACUUUAGCCAGACUCUGCUACAAGGCAGGGGAUCUUACAGAAGACUUGGCGCUCAAGAUCAUGCACAAGAACAUAGGUUCCAACAAGAAACCAGUGCUUAAUGUCAUCCGAACAUCUCCAACAAGCUGGGGAAAGCCAUAUCGUUUUAGCAACCUUCAGAAAGAGAUUGAUGAUAUACUAGAGCAAUUGAAGCGCCUUAUAAAACUCUUACCUGAAGGCAGGAACAAGGAAUCUAAUGGUAACUGCAGUCUGAAUGAGGUCGUACCAAACUUGAUUGGAAGGGAAUGUGACAAGAAGGAAAUAAUUGAGGAGUUAAGUUCAUGCUCUUCAAACUAUAAGGGACUUUGUAUUGUGGGUAUGGAUGGACUUGGAAAGACUGCACUUGCUCUGACUAUUCUUGAGCAGACAGAAAUUUCUGAACAGUUUGAUCUUAUAAGAUUAUCAAUGGACACAUGUGGUGACUUCAAAUUUAACAGAGUUGUCAUUCAACUCGAGAAUAACUUGGUUGCUGGCAGCAGUCAUGGAAGCUUGUUGAUCCUCUUUGACAACUUGUUGGAUGUUAAAUCAGAUGACUGGGAUAAGUUUUGGUCAUACAUUACAUCCAAAGAGAUUGGUGGCAGGCAAUACACAUAUAUCAAAAUCCUUGUCACCACUGUCAACGCAGGAGUUCCAGAGGCUACUAAGACAAAGGCACAUCACCUCAGUUUCUUAUCUGAUGAGGAGUGUAAGAAGGUCCUUAUAGAAAGAGCGCAAUUCCACAUCAAACCAUUACCUGAGCUUGAGCCAUCCUUGAUACAUGCUGCCGAUGGCCUAGCAAAACAAUGUGAAGGAUUACCUUAUGUUGCUAGAAUUCUCGGGGUUAAGCUUGCUCAUUGCGAUUUUGAUGAACUCGUGACUAUGAUCAAUCAACCAUUGUGGGUUUCAACGGUGUUUAAAGCUGAGAUUUUACCAGCUUUGAGGUCAGGAUAUCUUAGCUUGGGGCCACAUUUGAAGCAGUGCUUUGCUUACUUUUCUCUCUUCCCUCAGAAUUAUUGCUAUGAUGUUGAUGAAUUGGUCCAACUCUGGGUGGCAGAAGGCUUUAUUGAGCAGGAUCGUAGCAUAUCAAUCGCCUUGCAAAAUAGCAACAUGUACUUGAAUGAGCUACGAAACAAGUCUAUUCUUCAAAUUACACAUGAAGCUACUGACAAUGGGAAACCAGUGUAUAAGCUGCACGAGUUCAACCAUAAAUUUGCUCAUAUAGCUGCUUCAUGGACGUGCCAACGGAUUGAUGAAGGUUUGUCUACUUUACGCUCUUUGGAUUCUGAUACUCGUCAUUUGUCCGUGUCAUGUGACAACAUUGAUUCUAUGACCAUAUGGGCAAAACUUAAGAAACUAAAGCACCUAAGGACUUUUUUGUCGUUACGUAAUAGAAAAUUGAUUGGUGCUAUCCCACCCGAGCUUUUCAAAUCUCUAACUCGUCUUCGAGUAUUGGUCUUAAGUAAAACUGAUAUUGUUGAGCUACCUGAUUCCAUAAAAAAAUUGAAACGCCUUCGGUACUUGGAUGUUUCCUAUACCUCUCUUAAAAAGCUACCUGAAACACUCGUUGAACUUCCCACCCUACAAUACCUUAAGCUCAAAGAUACAAAAUCUCUCUCCUACUUGCCGAGUGGUUUUCAUAAAUUGACAAACUUGUUGUCUCUAGAUUGGGAGAGACGCGAUUUGAUGCGUGUAGGUGUACCAUCUAACAUUGGAAGUCUUUCUGCCCUUCAGACCCUGCCUUUAUUUUCUGUACAUGACAAAGAAGGUUAUACAGUUAAAGAACUGAACAAUAUGAACAAUCUUCGAGGGUCGAUCUGCAUUCAAAAUUUGGAAAACAUCAAAGAUAUGGAGGAAUCUAAAACAGCUAUGUUAUGUAACAAGUCAUUCCUCAAGAGCAUAGAACUAAAGUGGAUGCAAUCAAGGAGUGACUCGGCUGCUAAAGAUGUUCUUACAGGCCUUAAACCUCAUGAUUACUUAACUGAGUUGAAAAUCACAAAGUAUGGAUCUAGCAAGUUUCCACAAUGGAUGUGUCAUUCCUCUUUAAUGGUUGAGAAGAUACAUUUGAAAAAAUGCAAUGUUCAAGUCAUGCCAUCAUUUGGUGAACUCUUGAACCUCAAAACCCUUAUCAUUCAAGAUUUUGCAAAUCUAAAAUGUCUUGAUUACCAUUUUUGUGGAAUAGGAGUUGGCCACUUUCAAUCAUUGGUAUCUCUAGAGUUAGAGGAUUUGGCUCAACUUCAACAAUGGACAAGAUUGGACGCAAAUGACAUGCCUCGACUUCGUGUUCUUAAGAUUAAGUUGUGUCCAAAGCUUGAGGACUUGCCUUCUCUAAAAUAUCUUACUUCUUUGACUGAUAUGCAAAUUGAAUACUGUCCGAUAUUAAAAUCAUUACCAGAGCUCCCAGACACACUCAAAUCACUUGUGGUAAUCGAAUGCAAUUUGCUCAAAGAGCGAUGUCAAAUUGGAGGUUCGGAUUGGCACAAGGUAGACUGUAUUCCUGAAGUAGAAAUUGAUAAGGAGGAGAUUCGUACAUCAGUUCUUCCAGGUAUUCAACUAAUAAUGUUGACAAAGUAUAUUCUCGAGCUUAAGCAAGAUAAUGCUAAUGAAGGAAAUGAAGAUGGCAUGGUAUGGACAUUGCAUAAUGAGUUUGAUUUGUCCAUUAUUUUUUUUGGGUAUAGUAAGAGAUUUUUAGAAGUUUAUGUCUUGUAGGUUAAAUUAGAUGGCAUGAAAUAAAUUUGCUUAAUGAGUUUGGUGUACAAUUUUGGGGAAAAUUGUAGGGUUAUAUAUUUAUUGGCAAAAGCUUAUGAGCGUCCCCGGGGCGUUAGAUAAGAGAAUUAAAAGUGGGAAUAUUAGAGUAAAAUUAACAUUAAUUACACCGAACGACGCGUGAUUUUGUCAUGCAUUCCUAACUUAAUACCAUUUCAACCAAUAUAAUUAUUCCUUAUCCAACGUCCCGGGGCACUCGUUAGCAAGAUUCAUAUUUAUUUAAUGUUUAUGUAAAAUGUUUUGGGAGGUCAAACUAGAUUUAAUGAUUGUGUUGUAAAAGUGAUUAUUAACUUUUGUUUAUCAAUAUAUGCUAUAUGAACAUAACUCUCUCCAU